AGUGAGUGCCGGCCCGUUCGGGGCGGGGGAGAGGAGGGAGGGCAGGGGAGGGAGAGGCGGCCGGGGAGUCGUUGUGGGCCGCGGGCCGGACCGGGUCCCGGGGCGGCGGGAGCCAGGGCCGGGCAGAAGGGCUUGGCGGGCCGUUAGAGGGCCGCGGCGCUGUCGGCCCCCUCCCCUGACGGACCUGCGCGCCCGGGCGCCCGGAGCCUCCGGCGCGGUGCCCGCCCCGCUCCAGCUCGCGUCUCCCGACUCCAAUUAGAGCAACCCGACGGCCAUGGAGGCCGAAGAGACGAUGGAAUGCCUCCAGGAGUUCCCUGAACAUCACAAGAUGAUCCUGGACCGAUUGAAUGAACAGCGAGAGCAGGACCGGUUUACUGACAUUACCUUGAUUGUCGACGGUCACCAUUUUAAGGCCCACAAGGCUGUUUUGGCUGCUUGCAGUAAGUUCUUCUACAAAUUCUUUCAGGAGUUUACUCAGGAACCUUUGGUGGAGAUAGAAGGUGUUAGUAAAAUGGCCUUUAGUCAUUUAAUUGAGUUCACAUAUACCGCAAAACUAAUGAUCCAAGGAGAAGAAGAAGCCAAUGAUGUGUGGAAAGCAGCCGAGUUUCUACAAAUGCUGGAAGCUAUCAAAGCUCUUGAAGUCAGGAACAAAGAGAACUCCGCUCCACUGGAAGAAAAUACCACAGGAAAAAGCGAGGCAAAAAAAAGAAAGAUAGCAGAAACUUCAAAUGUCAUCACUGAGUCGUUGCCAUCUGUGGAAUCCGAGCCUGUGGAGAUUGAAGUGGAGAUUGCCGAAGGCACAAUCGAGGUGGAAGAUGAAGGCAUGGAGACAUUGGAGGAUGUGGCUUCUGCCAAGCAGCCCACCAAGUACAUUCAGAGCACAGGUUCCUCUGAUGACUCUGCCCUGGCGUUGUUGGCAGAUAUCACCAGCAAGUACCGUCAGGGUGACAGGAAAGGGCAGAUCAAAGAAGAAGGCUGUGCACCUGACCCCAUAAGCAAACAGGUAGAAGGUAUUGAAAUUGUGGAACUUCAGCUGUCACAUGUGAAGGACUUGUUCCAUUGUGAGAAAUGUAACCGUUCGUUUAAAUUGUUUUACCAUUUUAAGGAACACAUGAAAUCACACUCCACUGAGAGUUUCAAGUGUGAAAUAUGCAAUAAAAGGUAUCUUCGGGAGAGCGCGUGGAAACAGCACCUCAGUUGUUACCACCUCGAAGAAGGUGGGGUCAGUAAGAAGCAAAGAACUGGGAAAAAAAUUCACAUAUGUCAGUACUGUGAGAAACAGUUUGACCACUUUGGACAUUUUAAAGAGCAUCUUCGAAAACAUACAGGUGAAAAACCUUUUGAAUGUCCAAAUUGUCAUGAACGAUUUGCUAGAAAUAGCACCCUCAAAUGUCACCUGACUGCGUGCCAAACUGGAGUGGGGGCAAAAAAGGGAAGAAAGAAGCUUUACGAAUGUCAGGUCUGUAACAGUGUGUUUAACAGCUGGGACCAGUUCAAAGAUCACUUGGUGAUACACACUGGAGAUAAACCUAACCAUUGUACUUUAUGUGACUUGUGGUUUAUGCAAGGAAAUGAAUUAAGAAGGCAUCUCAGUGAUGCUCAUAAUAUUUCUGAGCGUCUAGUAGCCGAAGAAGUUCUUUCAGUAGAAACACGUGUGCAAACUGAACCUGUGACAUCCAUGACUAUUAUAGAACAAGUUGGGAAGGUACACGUGUUACCACUGCUUCAGGUUCAGGUGGACUCAGCACAAGUGACUGUGGAGCAGGUCCACCCAGAUCUGCUGCAGGACAGCCAAGUGCAUGAUGCGCAUAUGAGCGAGCUUCCGGAGCAGGUCCAAGUGAGUUAUCUAGAAGUGGGUCGGAUUCAGACCGAAGAAGGUACUGAAGUACAUGUGGAGGAGCUGCAUGUUGAACGGGUGAAUCAGGUACCCCUGGAAGUCCACACUGAGCUGCUCGAAGCGGACUUGGAUCAAGUUACCCCUGACAUCAUGAACCCGGAGGAGAGGGAGCCCCGCCAGGAAGACACUGCGGAGGGCACCAGGGACAGUCACGACGAUGCUGAGGAUUCGGAGACCAAGCCCACAGUGGAUUCUCACACGGAAAGUGUAGGAACUGAGAACAGAACUCCGAUGCCGGUUUUAGAAUGAAAUAACAAAUGAAUAUAUUUUUAAAUUUAUGUGUUUGGUUUUUGAACUGAUGUUGGACAGUGUGACUGUCCUUGAGCUAACAGACAAGUGGACCAAAGUUAAACUCUUUCUUGUUGUGCUGAACUGUUUCUGUUGAAACAAACUGAUUUCCCCUCCCUCUUAAUGCCACAGAGGAGGGAUGUUUUCCAUACGCGAAUGGGAGGUUUUGAGAAGUAUAUUUCUGGAAACUUAAAUGGAUUAUAUUCUUAUAUAGUUGGGUACGGAUGUAUCUAUUUUCAUUGUGGUAAGGGUUCUCCCUUCUCUUUCCCAGGUUGUGUUCUUCCUCAAGGUUUUUCAUAUUGUAGUCAAACAUAAAAUCAUUAGAAUACAAGUUUAUGUAUUCUAAUGCAUGCUAGAAAAUUGAAUAUAUAGGAAACACAGGCUGCAUGAAGAAAAGUGCAUUGUUACUGUGCGGUUAAAUUUUGGCUUCUGGCUUUCUUUAGUUUGAACAAUGUUCUUGUCUACCCGAUAGUCACAGAUGUCAUCUCUGCAAUGAAACCAGAGUGGUGGUGGCAAAAUGUCCAGAAUGUAAAAAGAAAAAAAAUCCACACCCACGUGCCUUUUCAAAACCAACUAAACUUCUAUAAAGCAUCUCUGGUUCUUUCCAAGUCUGUGUUGUAAGGAGCGAUGUAGAUGAUGCUAUAUAAUACUUUAUAUUUUUGCUUAUAAUGACAACUACCAAUUCUUUUUCACUUAGGUUGAGGAAUUUUAUUUAAUGGCAGCUGAAGGGCCAUUUUCAAUUGGGAAAAUUCAUUUAUAUCUGUGGUAAACUUUAUUUUGAUGAAAAAUUGCACUAGGAUUUUACCACCAGAUUUAAAAAAAAAAAGAUGAGCAUCAUUUAAAAAUUAAUGUAUUUAAAAUAAAGUACAGAGGAAAACAUGUAUAUACUAUAUCAGGCUUUGUUUUGAAUGAAUCUUUUUUCCCCGAUCCUUAAUGUAAAGAUCUUGUGCUAUAACUUUUAAAGCCAUACAAAUAAGAGUGCUAAACUGUGGGCUUAAAAGUAGGUGUGUAAAUAUUUUUAAUCAGUAUUACUUGGAAAAUAAAAUAUAACAACCACAUAAAAGAAACCAAUAUGCUAUUUUCUUUACCUGUUAAAUAUUGGGAGAUAUUUACAUUUUUUAAAGUAAAUUUUAAAAUUAUG